AUGACGAAUCCCGCAAAGAAGAAACGAAUCGACGACCAAGCCGUUCAACCCGAUCCUGUCCAACGUCCGAUCCAACUCCAGAGAAGAAGAGUCUGGCGUGCCUGUGAAUCUUGUCGUCGUAAGAAGAUCAAGUGCGACGGUAACGAGCCUACCUGCUCUCAGUGUGCGACCGCUGGAUUUCAAUGUACCUGGCUCCAAACGAAAGACAGAGCUGCACUCAGCAGACACUAUGUGCAAGAGCUGGAGGCGCGUCUCCUUCACAUGGAGUCCCUUUUCACUCAGAUUGCACCCGUACUCGGACAAUUGAGCCAGAACGGCGACGGCGCAUCUCUACCGCAUGAUAUAUCUGAUCCAAACAGUGCUCCAUCAGCUGCAUCUAUUAUCCAGUCUCUAGUUGACAAGGAUAAAGCCGCACAAUCGACCUCCGUUGAUAACCACUCCACUCCUGACUCGAGCGUCUCCGCUAAAAUCGAGGAUGAUGUCUCUGAUUCCCUCGGUCAACUCACCCUCGACGAGCAUGGACACUUACGAUGGAUAGGUGGCUCGUCCACCAUGUCCCUCAUACAGUCCUUCAGAAACGCUACAUCAUCCCCUCACUUCCGCGUGUCUCCCAUGUCCGAGGAUCCCAACGCGCCUGGUACGAGCGCCAACAGGCUCUAUUUCCCUGCAUCUGUCUUUUUCGGCAAGGUGCGCGCUCUCCCAGAACCUGAAGAAGUUGAAUAUCCAGAGCGUGACCUGGCGGACAAGCUGGUUGAAGCAUAUUUUUCAAGAUUUCAUUUUCUCUUACCGGUCAUAGACAAGCCUACAUUCAUUCGUCAAUAUAAGUACCUUAUGGACCGCACUGAUGACAUGCAACUGGCGCGUAGCGAAACGGCCUUCAUUGCUCUGGUCUUCGCCGUAUUUGCAUGUGCUGCCCAACUCGUGGAUGAUCCUCGCCUCAAAGGCGAGAAAGAAGACGAUGGAGGGAUGGGUAUGGUAUAUUACGAAAGAGCCCUCAUCCUCCACUACAUCAGCCAUGCAUCCAUUCAAGUGGCACAUGUUCAAUGCUUCAUUUUGAUGUCUUCGUUCUUGUGCUCGGUUAAUUGUUUGCCGCAAGCCUGGAUUCUAAUAGGCCAAGCUGUGCGUGCAGCUCAGGACUUGGGUCUUCACCGUUCACCUCGCCGUCUUAACCUUCCGCCUAUUGAAAGCGAGACCCGCCGGAAGAUAUGGUGGGGAGUUUACACAUUGGAUCGUAUGCUCGCUCUCGCGCUAGGUCGUCCACUAGGUAUUGAAGACGUCGAUUGUGACGUCGAACUUCCUGUCGCUGUCGACGACGAGAGUCUGUGUUCGUUCUUCAACGGCGACGAAAUGUCGUCUGACUCCCCUUCACUUAUGUCUGGCUUUCUCGCACUCCAAUCACUCUACGUUAUCGCUGGACGAGUCAUGCGACAAGUUUACGGCGUGGACAACUCUAAGGAUUUCCUGGAGCCGGAAAGGCGCGCACAGUUGCAGCGCGAUGUCGAAGAACUCGAUAAGGAGCUGACGAAAUGGUUGGACGACCUUCCCCCUGUUUUCAAGUCAAGUCCGGUCAACGAGAGCCAAGUUUCCAUGAGCGCAGUGCUCUGUAGCCAUUACUACUCUGUCUUGACCGCUUUGCAUCGCAAUCUCCUUCCCGUCAAGCGAGAUCAACCCAUCAAUCCACGCUCCACCGCGAAGGCUGUAUCUUCAGCUCGCGCCUGCAUCCGCCUUGCUCCUUUCAUUAAGAAUGUUGUCCCUCCUUCACAUCACCUCGCCUUUUUCAUUCAGCAUCUCUUCAGCUCUGCAGUCAUCAUUUUACUCUAUGCGAUGCAUGUAGCCGACUGGAAGGCUGCAGGCACUGCCAUGGAGGAAGCGCAGAGUUGCUUACCCGCGUUGGAAUCCUGGGAAGGACUUUGGCCUGGGGCACGAAAGUGCAAGGAGCUGCUGACAGAACUUACAGAGACAGCCCGCGAAGCGAUCCGAUCUGCUCACAAUGGUACUUACGGGCCUGUGUCAAAUUCCUCGAACUCUCGAAUCGCGCCAGUGCCUUCCCCUUUCGAGCGGAAGGCACGAAGGAGCUCGUUUACGAACCCCUCGAGUCGUGUCAUGAAGAAUCAGCAGAAGCUCAGGAGAAAUCUGUCACCUGAUUCUACCAACCGCCCAUCGCGGCCAUCUCACGCGUCUUCAGUUCUUCACUACGAUUCGCAGCGCGCGCGUUCAACAUCACGCAAACGGGGUCACGGCGAGAGCGAAGACACUGAUGUCAAGGCGGGACCAUCACACCCGUAUCGCCUUUCCUUCCCACCAGGGUUUGAUCCGCGUUCAAAUCAGAGCUCACAUAGCUCGCCCACAUCAGCCAAAGGCUACCCAUCUCCGCCGAUGCCAUUAGCUGAUCCCCCUAUCGAAAUGAGUCCGCAGAUGAUGCCUACGCCCUCAUUCGGAUCUCUCAACCCACCUGUGUCACCUCUGAACGGCGGUCCUUCAGCACCGUACGGAUUUGACUUCGCUCCGCCCCAGAAUCCGUUCAGCCACACAAUCGGCGAUCUUUGGAGUAGACCCGAACGGGAGAAGAACGACCUUGGAAUGUUCGAGCCCAGUCAACUGGAAAAUGCAUUCAAAUUUUCAACACUUGAUGCUCGGCCGUCGACCGUUGACCCGUCGUUCCUAGCGUACGACAGUACGUCGCAGUUGGGCAUAGGCUUCCCAGGGCUUCCUUCAAUGACGCCCUCGACUACAUUUCCUCCACCGGGUCUACCUUUCCGAGGUCUUGACUAUAUUCGAAACAUAGAAGCAGAAGGGUAUCACACUGGCGGUGCGGAGCAGGAUCUAUGGGGGCAAGGGUUCGAUGCAGGCGCUUUCACGGCCGCCCCUGACAUCCCCUUCAGCUUGGGAGGAGUCGACCUCUUCAACGACCAGCGUGAUGGACAGCCGUGA